ACUAAGUAGCUAACAACCAAAGAUUUUCCCGACUUUGCUUCUGUCUAGGGUUUCAGCAUCUUUCGGUCUGCUACAGUCGGCCUCCGCUUUACCCCAGCCACAAUGACGAAGCGAACAAAGAAGGCAGGCAUUGUUGGGAAAUAUGGUACCCGUUAUGGUGCUAGUCUUCGGAAACAGAUUAAAAAGAUGGAGGUUAGCCAGCAUAGCAAAUAUUUCUGUGAGUUUUGUGGGAAGUAUGCAGUGAAGAGGAAGGUUGUUGGAAUUUGGGGCUGCAAAGACUGUGGCAAAGUUAAAGCAGGCGGUGCUUAUACAUUGAACACUGCUAGUGCCGUGACUGUUAGAAGCACCAUUCGCAGGCUGAGGGAGCAAACUGAGGGCUGAGACCCUUCGCUCUUCUUUACCUUUGCUUUUUUUUUUUUCCAUUUAGCAACGUUGAAACUUUUGUAGGGAUUUUUUCUAUUUAAUUUAUGAGAAUCCGGCUAGGUUAGAACUUAGAUGCCAACUUGAUGAAGCUAUUGGAUCUAAUUUAAAUUGUUGUUGAGGGAGGGGCUUGUGAGUAUAUGGCUUGUAUUGCCAUUGUGUGAACAUUCUCAAGUCAGUGUUGUGAGAUCAGGGUUUUUUUUUUUGUAUUUUGCAGGUGAUAGAAAUCUGAAUUUAAAGUAGCAGCAAUCAGAUUUAACACAUUUAUCUA